AUGGCCAUCUCCACUUCUCAUCUCUUUGUCUUCCUCUCCAUUGCGGCGGUCGCUUUUGCCCCCUCCGCUCUGGCCACCAAUUACACCGUCGGAGAUGAUGCUGGUUGGAAUGUUGGUGUCAAUUAUACAUUGUGGGCUAAUGACAAAAUGUUCAACGUCGGUGAUAUUCUCAUUUUCAACUACCCAGUAGGAGACCACAAUGUGUUCAAGGUGAACGGCAGUGAUUUCCACGAUUGCUCAGUGCCAAAAGACGGCCAGAAUGCAUUGACCACCGGAAACGACGCCAUUGUUCUCGCCAAACCUGGAAAAAAAUGGUAUAUUUGUGGCAAAGAAGGGCACUGUGGGAAAGGCCAGAAGCUCGUCAUUACCGUCAUGAAUAUGGCUCCGGCCAAUUCCCCACUUCCUGGUGGAUCCGCUCCGCCGCCGCCAUCUGCCGCCACCAAAGCGGUUGUUUCCGCCCAUUUUGGCUUCCUCGCCCUGCUGGUUGCCGUCCUUGGGAUGAUGAUGCCUUAG